UUGCAGAGUCUGGAGCUGUUGGCAGACAACUACGGCCCCAUCUAUCGCCUCGUCACGUUUGGCAAGUCCCGUGUCCUCAUCAGUUCCCACGACCUGGCCGACGAGGUCUUCAACGAGGAGCGUUUUCGCAAGGCCGUCUUUGGCGGCUUGAGGGAGAUCCGGAACGGCGUUCAUGAUGGCCUCUUUACCGCCGAUUAUCCCGGCGAGGAGAAUUGGGCCAUUGCCCACCGGAUUCUGGUGCCCGCCUUCGGGCCGCUGUCGAUUCGGGGCAUGUUUGACGAAAUGUAUGAUAUUGCCUCCCAGCUGGUGUUGAAAUGGGCGCGUCAAGGGCCCAAGGUGCCCAUCAAGGUCACCGACGAUUUUACGCGACUGACGCUCGAUACGAUCGCCCUGUGUGCCAUGGGCACCCGCUUCAACUCCUUCUAUCACGACGACAUGCAUCCCUUUGUUGAGGCCAUGGUCGGCUUUCUGAAAGGUUCCGGGGCCCGUUCUCGCCGCCCAGCAAUCAUGAACAACUUGCCCACCGGCGAGAACACCAAGUAUUGGAAUGACAUUUCCCAACUGAAAAAUGUCGCCCAGGAGCUGCUUGACGAGCGGCGACGGAAUCCGGAGGACAAGAAAGAUCUCUUGAACGCCAUGAUCCUGGGGAAAGAUCCCAAGACGGGCCAGGGUCUGACGGAUGACUCGAUCAUCAACAACAUGAUUACGUUCCUGAUCGCAGGCCACGAAACGACCUCUGGCUUGUUAUCCUUUCUCUUCUAUUUCCUUCUGAAGAACCCUCACGCCUAUAAAAAGGCUCAGGAGGAAGUCGACACCGUGAUUGGCCGCCGGAAGAUCACCGUCGAGGACCUCUCCAAGCUGCCUUACAUCAAUGCCUGUCUUCGCGAAAGCCUCCGUCUGAGGCCGACGGCCGCCGCCAUCACCGUCGAACCUCACCCGACCAAAAACCACGAAGAUCCCGUCACUCUCGGAAAAGGCAAAUACGCCCUGGAGAAGGGUGAAAGAGUCGUGAUACUGCUUGCGAAGCUCCAUCGGGAUCCAGAGGUGUACGGACCGGAUGCCGACGAGUUCAAGCCGGAGCGAAUGCUGGACGAGAAUUUCGAGAAACUGCCCAAGCACGCAUGGAAACCGUUCGGCAACGGCAUGAGGGCCUGUAUUGGCCGCCCGUUCGCGUGGCAGGAAGCCUUGCUCGUCGUCGCCAUCCUCCUGCAGAAUUUUAACUUCCAGUUGGAUGACCCAAGCUACACCUUGCGUAUCAACGAGACCCUGACGGUGAAGCCCAAAGACUUUCAGAUGAGGGCCACCUUGCGGGAAGGCCUAAAAGCGACCACGCUGGAGACAAUCUUGAACGGCGGCGAGGCACCUAAGGAGGCCGCCCGAGACCAGAAGAAGAACGCCUCCGCCGUCAAGCCCGGGUCAGGCAAGCCCCUUCACAUCUUCUUCGGAAGCAAUACGGGGACGUGUGAAGCGUUAGCUCGACGGCUUGCCGACGAUGCGGGUGCUUAUGGCUACGCCGCCGAGGUGGAUUCUCUCGACUCCGCUAUGCAGAACAUUCCCAAGUCCGGGCCGGUGGUCUUCAUCACGUCUUCAUACGAAGGCCAGCCACCAGACAACGCGGCUCAUUUCUUCGAGUGGUUGAGCGGGCUCAAAGGGAAGGAACUGGAAGGAGUCAACUACGCUGUGUUUGGAUGUGGCCACCAUGACUGGCAUGCAACGUUUCACCGGAUCCCGAAAGCGGUCAACGAUCUGGUCGCCCAGCAUGGGGGCAAUCGGUUGUGUGAGAUGGGACUGGCGGAUUCCGCCCAUGACGAUAUUUUCAACGAUUUUGACAACUGGAGCGAAUCGGCGUUCUGGCCGGCCAUCUCGUCCACGUUCAGGGCUUCCAAAACCGAGGCUGCGGCCAAACAGAGGUCCAGCUUGCAGGUGGAAGUCAGCUCUGGCCUGCGCGCGGCCACACUGGGUCUCCAGCUGAAGGAGAGUCUGGUAUUGGAGAACCGACUGCUCACGCCGCCCGGUGUGCCGGAAAAGCGCCUGCUGCGGUUCCGAUUGCCGUCCGAUAUGACCUACCAGUGUGGUGACUAUCUCGCCGUCCUCCCUGUCAACCCCAGUAGUGUCGUGCGACGCGCCAUCCGCCGAUUCGGCCUGCCCUGGGAUGCCGUGCUGCGGAUCCAGAAAGCUCCCGGGGCGACGACCAGCCCGGCCUUCCCUCUGGACGUGCCGAUCUCGGCCUUCGAGCUGCUGUCGACGUACGUGGAGCUGUCCCAACCGGCGUCGAAGCGGGAUGUCAACAUCCUGGCUGAGGCGGCCGCCUCGGAUGCCGACACGCAGGCGGAGCUGCAGCAUCUGGCAGCCAGCCCGACCCGAUUCACGGAGGAGAUCGUCAAGAAGCGGGUCAGCCCGCUGGACCUGCUGCUGCGGUAUCCAGCCAUCAACCUAUCCAUCGGGGACUACCUCACGAUGCUGCCGCCGAUGCGGGUGCGGCAAUAUUCCAUUUCAUCUUCACCCCUGCAGGACCCGACUGAAUGUACGAUCACGCUGUCAGUUCUGAACGCACCAGCUUUGUCCGCUAUCGGCAGCAGCAGCGGCCACGGUAUCGCCGACGAGGAAGAGCUCUACCUGGGCGUGGCAUCGACCUACCUGGCGCAUCUCAAACCUGACGAACUCGCCCACGUGAGCGUGCGGCCGUCGAACACCGGCUUCCGGCCGCCGGUGGACCUGAAGACGCCGAUGAUCAUGGCGUGCGCGGGAAGUGGCCUGGCGCCAUUCCGGGGGUUCAUCAUGGACCGGGCGGAGAAGAUCCGCGGGCGACAGAGUGGGCGGUCCGACGGGCAGGCGGCAGAGAAGCCGGCCAAGGCCAUCCUCUACGUGGGCUGCCGCACGCCGGGCAAGGACGACAUCCACGCGGACGAGCUGGCGGAGUGGGAGCGGCUGGGCGCGGUCGAAGUCCGGUGGGCGUACAGCCGACCGGCGGACCCGUCCCAGAAGGGCCAGUACAUCCAGGACCUGAUGCGCGCAGACCGGGACGAGCUGGUCUCGCUGUUCCAGGCGGGAGCGCGGAUCUACGUCUGCGGCAGCACGCGGGUAGGCAACGGCGUGCGCGACGCCUGUAGGGACAUCUUCCUGUGGGAGCGAGCGCGGAUCCGGACAGAGGGCGGCAACGAGCUGGCGGAAAUCGACGACGAUGACGAAGCCACGGCGGUGGAGAAAUUCUUCGAGCGGCUGCGGACGAAGCAGCGGUUUGUGACGGACGUUUUUACGUAG